UGACAACUGCCUGUGCGGCAUACAUUUACACGCUUUCACAUUUCCAGCCUGCGGCUGUAAUGUCCGACGAUUUCCUGCGGCUCGUGUCGCAGGCGAACCCGGCUUCACGACAAUACCAACCCGCGAACGGAUAUCCUCCUUCCGUGUCAACGCCGUAUACCGCCAACUCGCCGCAGCUCUUGGAUCCUUUUUUGACGACGAGGACGACAAUGUCCCGGAUUCAGCCUUUGGAAGGCCCGAUCAUCCAGGACCGAUGGACUCUCAAGCCAGCGGUCUGCCCCUGACCCGAAACGCCGUGCUGCCGGCUGGCACGAGUUCAAAUGCGGAGGGUGUCCCUCAAGGCUGGAACUUUGACGACAACGACUUUCGACCCGCGGGACAGCAGCCCUUUGAGGGCUCAGGGACCUUCAACGGGGUACAGCCGCCCAAGGUGGAAGGCGCCAAGACCGGUCCGUCAAGGCGAAGGAGGUGGAAAUGGCCAUGGCAGAGAGAGAAGGUGCUCACGGGCGAUCGGGUCAUUGCGCUCAAUAAUCCUGCGGCAAACGAAGAAUUCUGCUCGAAUUUCGUCUCAACCAGUAAAUACAACCUGGCGACGUUUGUGCCCAAAUUCCUCACCGAACAAUUCUCCAAAUACGCCAAUCUUUUCUUCCUUUUCACUGCUUGCAUACAGCAGAUACCAAAUGUAUCACCAACACAGCAGUACACGACGAUAGUACCCCUCGGAGUCGUGCUUCUGGCAUCGGCUUUCAAGGAAGUUCAGGAAGAUAUGAAACGCCAUCAAUCAGAUUCCGAGCUCAAUGCCCGUCUAGCUAAAGUACUGACCGCGGAUUCCACCUUUUCGGAGAAGAAAUGGAAGGAUAUCUCUGUCGGGGAUGUUGUGCGAUUGGAAAGCGACGACUUCAUUCCUGCAGAUUUGAUUCUGCUCAGCUCAAGUGAACCUGAGGGAUUGUGCUACAUCGAGACAUCAAAUCUUGACGGCGAGACAAAUCUCAAGAUCAAGCAAGCCUCGACUCACACUUCGUCGAUGGUCUCUCCAUCCCUCGUCACAGCACUUCGUGGCUCGAUGCGCACAGAACAGCCCAACAAUUCGUUAUACACCUUCGAAGGCACAUUCGACCUUACCACAGCAAGCGGUGUUCCAAAGCAGGUGCCUCUCGGGCCGGAUCAAGUUCUGUUGCGUGGGGCGCAGCUGCGAAAUACUCCUUGGGUGUAUGGAAUGGCCGUUUACACUGGCCACGAGACUAAGCUGAUGCGAAACGCUACUUCUGCGCCGAUCAAGCGAACCGCCGUAGAAAGACAAGUCAACGUGCAAAUCGUGUUCCUGUUCAUCCUGCUCCUUGCUCUGUCCGUUGGCUCUUCGAUUGGAGGCAGUAUCCGUGCCUGGUUCUUUGCUAGUCAGCAAUGGUACUUGAUGGAACCGACUUCUGUCGCAGGUCGGGCUAAAAGCUUCAUCGAAGAUAUCCUGACCUUCAUCAUCUUGUAUAACAACCUGAUUCCCAUCUCACUCAUCGUGACCAUGGAGGUUGUGAAGUUCCAGCAAGCACGGCUCAUCAAUUCCGAUCUAGACAUGUAUUAUGCCAAGACCGACACCCCGGCUCUGUGCAGAACGUCGUCGCUCGUCGAAGAGCUUGGGCAGAUUGAAUAUGUGUUCAGCGACAAGACGGGCACCCUGACCUGCAACGAAAUGGAGUUUCGGUCUUGCAGUAUUGCCGGCAUAGCCUAUUCAGAAGUAGUCGAAGAGGGCAAACGUGGCGAAGAAGGAUCGGAGCACUCCUGGCGAACGUUUUCCGAGAUGAAAGCCUUACUUUCUGACAGCCAGAAUCCGUUCGUCGAUGUUGGAUCUUCGAGUGAAGCGGCCGACAUCGCAGAAAAGGACGUCCUGAAAGACUUUCUCACUCUGCUUGCUGUUUGCCACACUGUUAUCCCGGAAGUCAAAGAAGGCAAGACCAUCUUCCAGGCUAGCAGUCCUGACGAAGCGGCAUUGGUCGCCGGAGCAGAGCUGCUGGGAUACCAGUUCCAUACGCGGAAACCCAAAUCGGUAUUUGUGAAUGUGAUGGGUCACAAUGAGCAAUUCGAUAUCCUCAAUGUCUGCGAAUUCAACUCGACUCGGAAGCGCAUGUCUACCGUCGUCCGCAUGCCCGACGGCAAGAUUAAAAUCUACUGCAAGGGCGCCGAUACGGUUAUUCUCGAACGGCUCAGCAAGAACCAGCCUUAUACGGAGAAAACUCUCGCCCAUCUCGAAGACUAUGCGACAGAGGGAUUGCGGACGUUGUGUCUGGCGUAUCGGGAUGUUUCAGAACAAGAGUAUCGUCAAUGGGCCGCUAUCUACGAUCAAGCCGCCGCAACUAUCAAUGGCCGAGGCGAGGCCCUGGACCAGGCUGCAGAGCUGAUCGAGAAGGACCUAUUCCUGCUGGGGGCGACAGCCAUCGAAGACAAGCUGCAGGAUGGUGUUCCUGACACUAUACACACUUUGCAGAUGGCGGGCAUCAAGGUCUGGGUCUUGACUGGGGAUCGGCAAGAAACGGCCAUCAACAUUGGCAUGUCCUGCAAAUUGAUUUCCGAGUCCAUGAACCUGGUCAGUCAUAGUCAACGAGGAAAGUUCGGCCGAGACUCAACAAUUCCUGGCGAAACGUUGUCGGCCAUCAAAAGCCAACGUAGCACCGGGGAAUUGGAAGACCUCGCGCUUGUCAUAGACGGCAAAAGUCUGGGCUUCGCACUGGAGAAGGAAAUAUCGAAGAUCUUCCUGGAGCUGGCUAUCAUGUGCAAGGCUGUCAUUUGUUGUCGUGUUUCUCCGUUGCAGAAGGCGCUUGUUGUCAAAUUAGUGAAGAAGAAUCAGAAGGCCAUCCUGCUUGCAAUCGGUGAUGGAGCCAACGACGUGAGCAUGAUCCAGGCAGCGCAUGUCGGUGUUGGUAUCUCGGGCGUGGAGGGACUUCAAGCAGCUCGAUCGGCUGAUGUUGCCAUCUCGCAAUUUCGAUUUCUCAAGAAACUUCUCCUUGUCCACGGUGCUUGGAGUUACCGGAGGCUGUCCAAGCUCAUCCUUUAUUCUUUCUACAAGAAUAUCACGUUGUAUAUGACACAAUUUUGGUUCGCGUUCUUCAACAACUUCUCCGGUCAAAUCGCGUAUGAAUCCUGGACGUUGUCCAUGUACAACGUCGUCUUUUCGCUCCUCCCACCGCUGGUCAUUGGGAUAUUUGAUCAGUUUGUAUCGGCACGGAUAUUGGACCGUUAUCCUCAGCUGUACAUCCUGGGACAGAAGAAUGUUUUCUUCACGAAGACCGCGUUCUGGAUGUGGGUCGGAAAUGCGCUGUAUCACAGUUUGCUUCUCUUUGCGUUCUCUGUCGUCCUUUUUUGGGGAGACUUGAAGCAAGCCAAGGGCUAUGAUUCUGGCCACUGGUUCUGGGGCACCCUGCUGUACCUCGCUACCCUUCUCACGGUGCUCGGAAAAGCCGCACUCAUAUCAGACAUCUGGACCAAGUACACCGUGGCUGCCAUCCCUGGAUCAUUCGCUUUUGCGAUGGUCUUUCUUCCUCUAUACGCUCUGGUCGCACCUGCGAUCGGGUUCUCAAAGGAAUAUUCUGGGCUGGUGCCCAGGCUGUGGACCGACGCCAUAUUCUAUCUGGUUCUCCUGUACAUCCCGAUCUUGUGUCUUGCUCGAGACUUUGUUUGGAAAUACUGGGCGCGCACUUACUCUCCCGCAUCGUAUCACAUUGCCCAAGAGCUGCAAAAAUACAACAUUCCUGAUUAUCGGCCGAGACAGGAGCAAUUCCAAAAGGCCAUCAAGAAAGUGCGCGCUGUUCAACGGAUGAGACGAAAUCGCGGGUUUGCAUUCAGUCAAACCGAAGACGCUGGCAAGCAAGACCAAGCGAAACUCAUCCGUGCUUAUGACACAUCGAAGAGCAACGCUCGGCCCUCUGGCUAUUAGAUUUGUCGGACAAUGUACUUGUAACUUCUAUUAUUCCCGAUAUAUUAUCAGCUUCUAGUGGACGUCUU